AUGUGGGAGGCGGGUGAGGAGGGUGAGGAGGUGGGUGAGGAGGGGGGUGAGGGGGGGGGGGGGGGUGAAGCGGUGGGGGAGGAGGGGGGUGAGGAGGUUGGUAUGGAGGUGGGUGAGGGGGGUGAGGAGGUGGGUGAGGAGAUGUGUGAGGAGGUGGGUGAGGAGGUGGGUAUGGAGGUGGGGGAGGAGGGGGGUGAAGAGGUGGGUGAGGGGGGUGAGGAGGUGGGUAUGUGGGUGAGGAGAUGGGUGAGGAGGUGGGGGAGGAAGGGGGAUGAGGAGAUGGGUGAGGAGGGGGGUGAGGAGAUGGGUGAGGAGGUGGGUGAGGAGGUGGGUCUGGAGAUGGGUGAGGAGGAGGGUGAGGAGAUGGGUGAGGAGGGGGGUGAGGAGGUGGGUGAGGAGGGGGGUGAGGAGGGGGGUGAGGAGAUGGGUGAGGAGGGGGGUGAGGAGGUGGGUGAGGAGGGGGGUGAGGAGGGGGGUGAGGAGGAGGGUGAGGAGAUGGGUGAGGAGGAGGGUGAGGAGAUGGGUGAGGAGAUGGGUGAGGAGGGGGGUGAGGAGGGGGGGGAGGAGAUGGGUGAGGAGGGGGGUGAGGAGGGGGGUGAGGAGGUGGGUGAGGAGGAGGGUGAGGAGAUGGGUGAGGAGAUGGGUGAGGAGGGGGGUGAGGAGGGGGGUGAGGAGGUGGGUGAGGAGGGGGGUGAGGAGAUGGGUGAGGAGAUGGGUGAGGAGGGGGGUGAGGAGGUGGGUGAGGAGGGGGGUGAGGAGGUGGGUGAAGAGGUGGGGGAGGAAGGGGGUGAGGAGGUGGGUGAGGAGGGGGGUGAGGAGGGGGGUGAGGAGGUGGGUGAGGAGGGGGGUGAGGAGGGGGGUGAGGAGGGGGGUGAGGAGGGGGGUGAAGAGGUGGGUGAAGAGGUGGGGGAGGAAGGGGGUGAGGAGGUGGGUGAGGAGGUGGGUGAGGAGGUGGGUGAGGAGGGGGGUGAGGAGGGGGGUGAGGAGGGGGGUGAGGAGGCUCCCUGUGGACCUGCUGCUGCUGUAAACAAGGCCAAGCCCAAAGUGCCGCAGCCUCCGGCACAUUAA